AUGUCUGCCAUCACCGCCCAUGUGGUGCGUCGCAGCAUCGAACUCGGCUCAGACCUCUCCGACAAGACACCCGGCCAGGUUGACGAGCUUCACCCUCCGGGCGCUCUCGUCGCUCUGGCCAUAUUCUCCUUCUUAAUUCUUGCCUUGGUCACUGCUGCUAUUGAUUACACCUAUGGAAACGUUGUAGCAACUCUUGCCGCUGUCGAGGACUCUAAUCCAGAUAUCUACGUCCGCAUCGACCAUGACGAUCCUAACAAGCCUCUGAACCCAGCCGACCCGGAGCCUGCUGCGAAUUCUCCCCUGAAGCCUGUGACCAGCUCGCUGCGGGCUACCAUCCGUCACCUGCGUGCUCGUGCUGGCUUCUGGUCGCGUUUCCGCGGCCUGUCCAUGUACUUGACUAUGGGCAUCGUUCGUGGCGUGCUCGCUUCACUCAUUGUGCCCGUCGGAAGCUUCCUCGGCCAGUUCGUCGUCCAGUCUUUGAUCAGCAUUCUUUUCUCCACAUGGCAGAUGACUUGGGUGCAUAUUGUUAUCACCGAGCCAUCCCCUAAGCGCUUCUACCAGCGUCUCCCCAAGACCACAAAGACUUGGUUCAAGAUUGCCCCGGCCGCUGCUCUGGUGGACAUCGCCUCUGCUGCUGCUGUCGUCUUCGUCCGCGUGGCGGCUUCCAUGCUGCCAGAAGAAGACGAGACCAUUGUUCCCUUCGACCGCUCCUUCGGUGGAAAGGUCAACCCCGAGAUCGUGGGUGGCAGCGGUAAGAUUGGAUUAGUGGACGCCUGGACCACUUUUGACUGGCCCGCUCGGGUUCGUCUUGCCAAGGUGAUUGGUAAGACCUUCGCCAUGCAACUUGCCGUGGGUGUGGUUGGAUUCUUGGUUCUGGGGAUCCAGAUAUACUUCAUGGUUUCCAAGUCCAGCAAGACGCAGCCUCCUGCCUCGGCUCCCACCUCGCCCCCAACCUCCGCAUAA